CGGGAAUCUCAUUUGCAUUUGUGCCUCGCGGGUGUGAGGCUUGAAGCUUACCUUUUGCCCUGCUUUGCUGGCCAAACUAUAGGCGCAAAUCCAUGAAAAACUUAACCUACCAGGUAGAGGCCGCUUUUUGGUCCGUUCUGGCUGGUGAAGGCAGAGGGAGUGCCCUGCUUUGUUUGGAGCCAUGGGUGCCCUAUUGCCCCUCGCCAAGCAUCAGGUUGGGAAGGUCCUGAGGGUUAUCUGUGGCCAUUAGCGCUGCUCUCUUUCUCCCCACCGAGCACAGUGUUACAGCAUAGGAAAUUCGCACGGUGCCACUGUUGCCCGGCUUCUAUUUGACCCUGACCGAAAGAGCCCCCACAGAGAGACCCGUAAACGACUCCACUGGGAGCUUGGACACCUCUGCCUCCAGGUUUUCACCUUCAACUUGAGCUCUCUUGCAACUUCCACCUCCUCCAUUCCCAACAAUUUUCUCUGGUCAAACCGCCAAAAAUACCGCAGUGCAACCUGACUUCAGGUGCACCCAACGGCAGAUGUGAAGCACAGCGAGCCAGUUUGCACAUGUCCAACUGGCAGGGCUUUCAGCAACAGGGGCACCUCGAUCCCGAUUUUGCGUUCAGAGAACACAUCUUCGCCCAGUUUCGACAGGCAGCGCAGCGUCAAUCGCAGGCUGCCCCCAUGACUUCAUCCACGGCGACUGCUACUCCUAAAUAUGCAUUCGAGGCGCGCGUAGACGACACCAAGACGCCCAAAAAUGACAUCAACGCUUUGAUCUUGGACUACUUGACGAUGGAGGGGUACCCAGGCGCCGCUGCCAACUUCUCCAAAGAGGCAAACCUGGCGCCACAGCAAGCGGACCCCUCCAUCAAGACGAGACAAGAGAUCCAACAUGCCAUUCACAGCGGGGAUAUCGAGACCGCCAUCACGGCCCUGAAUGCCCUCGAUUCUGAUAUACUGGAUAAAAACCCCGAGCUUCACUUUUCAUUAUUGCGUCUCCAGCUUGUGGAGCUCAUCAGGCAAUGCUACGGCGGUGAUAUCACCCCCGCCUUGGAUUUUGCCACGCAACAGGUGGCUCCCAGGGCGUCGAUAAAUGAACAGUUUCGAGUUGAUCUUGAAAGAGCCAUGUCUCUGCUGUUCUUUGAUCACGACUCAAACCUCAGUCCCGAACUGAAGGACCUGCUAUCAUCAGACUUACGCAGAAAGACCGCUACCAAGGUCAACGAGGCGGUCUUGGUCCGGCAAGACCAGCGCAGAGAGGCGGCUAUCCGGGCUCUGGUGCGCAUGCGUGCCUGGGCUGAAUCAUCGGCCAGAUCGUCCAAGAUCAAGGACCUGCCGCCUGACAUCGACAUUGGGCUGAAUGGGGAGAACGCAGUUGAGUUUCAAGGACUCACCGAGACGAAUGGACAUGAACCAAUGAUUACGACUUGAAGAUGAACCACGGGGUGGAAGAGACAUGAUAUCCUCUUUAUUUGUUUUGGGCAUUGGCAGCGUUGGUAUUUUAUGAGUAAGGGAACUGUUUCUUCCGCGGGUUUGCAGGCAUUUUGAUGGCGUCAUUGGGCAACACGGGCACUCGGCAACGAGACAAUCGGGCAAUACAGGACUUGAGCUCAGCUGGUUAUUAUACCAACACUAUUGUAGCAGACCGUCAUGUGGGCGGUGGUAUGUUAAAGCGUAUAAUACUGAGAAUUUUUCUUGCAUCGAAAU